CAUGCGUUCGUAAGGCUCGUUCAUCUCGUAGGUACUAUAAGAGAACUUAACUGUAAAAAAUCAUUCAAUUUAAUCUUCUACUACAUGAUUUUCCGCUACUAGAUCCCGGUGAUAGCUUCCUGGCCAAGCCUGACACCAUCUGUCAGGCUCUUGUUUUCUUUGUGCUCAAAGGAUUGCGUUUAGCAAAUAGUGAUGGGAAGCGCACACUUCAAAUCUACAGUGAUUGUGGCUCCCAACACACCGGUUGAAGGACUAAACGAUUCUUUGAAGAUACAGUCUUAUGACUUGCAAUACUCCACAAACCAAACCGGUCAUCGCACAGAGCAGUAUGAAAACAAAGAAUUAGUACUACGUAGAGGCCAGCCGUUCAAGGUUGAUAUUACAUUGAAUAGAGAUUAUGAUGGUGGAAAACACAAGCUCUCUGCCGAGUUGAGAUGGGGUAAAACUCCCAAGAUAUCCGAUGGAACCCUAGCUAUUCUUUCUCCCAUUGCCGGUAAAAUUUCAGAGACGUUUGACGACUGGGGUACACACGUCGUAAACGCCACAGGCCCCAAUGUUUCCGUUGAACUUUACGUUAAAUCUGAUAGUUUGGUUGGAGGAUUUAGAUUGGCGUUGCUGGUAACGGAUGAAGAUGGACAGAUGCAGAAGAUGAAUGUGAAAGAUGAAAUAUUCGUAUUAUUUAAUCCUUGGAGUAAAGAUGAUGACGUCUACCUCCCUGAAGAUGACCAGAAGCAGGAAUACGUUUUGAACGACCAAGGAAUGUACUUUUACGGAUCAGGAAAGAGUGUGUCUGGAGCUAGGUGGUACUUGGGACAGUUUGAGGAAUAUGUACUUAGAUGCAUUUUCGACCUUCUUAAAACUAAAAGAGCUAAGCCAAGAUCAUUUGGUAGCCCUGUCGAAAUAUCCCGAGUAUUGUCGGCUCUGGUAGGCAUUAUUAUACCAGGGAGUUGUUAUUUAAAUAACAACUUCCUGAUUAUACGGUAUCUAACCAUAACAUCACCACAAAUCGAAGUUUAUCAACAUAUCAAUAGUAAUGAUGACAACGGUGUACUUGUUGGCAACUGGAGUGGAGACUACAGUGGCGGGACGGAGCCUACUGCUUGGACAGGAAGCGCCGCCAUUUUCAAACAGUAUACUUUGACCAAGAAACCAGUAAAAUUUGCUCAAUGCUGGGUCUUUGCCAAUGUUUUAACGACAGCUCUGCGAUCACUUGGCAUACCAGCUCGAUCCAUCUGCAACACAGCCUCAGCGCAUGACACUGACGGAAACUGCAUUAUGGACUAUCAUUUUGAUAGUAACGGCAAACCCAUGGAUUGGUUGGACUACGACAGUGUCUGGAAUUUCCAUUGCUGGACUGACGCAUGGAUGGCGAGGCCUGACUUACCUCCUGGGUAUGGGGGCUGGCAGGCUGUAGACGCAACACCACAAGAAAGAAGUGAAGGUGUGUUUCAAUUGGGCCCGGCGCCAUUAGCAGCAGUGAAAGCGGGACAUGUCCAACUUUCAUUCGACACCAAAUUCGUUUUUGCUGAGGUCAACGCAUGUAAAGUCAAGUGGAAGUUUUCCAGUGAUGAAAAUGAGGAAAUUUUCAUUGCGAUCAUCAUUUUAUUUAACCAGCCACCAGUUCCCAUCGACAUUGAUAUCGAUUCAGUCGGCGUGUUGACGGUCACAAAGGCAGUUGGCAAGAUGAAAAAAGAAAUCAUAUCUGAUCAAUACAAAGCACCAGAAGGUUCAACUAAGGAAAUGCUUGCUAUAUAUACUGUCGAAAAACACAUCGAUUCAGUCAAGAAACUUGUUGUUGAGAAGAAGAAAGAUGUGGAGAUUGUAGGCACUCUGCCAGACGACGUUAUGAUUGGUAACGACUUUGAACUGGUUCUACUUGUGCGCAACACAAGCUCAGAAGAUCGAAAUUGCGUAUUAAGUAUUGCAGGGAACUCUGUGUACUACACGGGUGUUCGUGCAAAAGAAGUGAUAUACGAACUAAAGGCCGUAGAUGUAAAGCCUCUCGCAGAAAGUGAAUAUCGUCUGAAGCUGCUAGCCUCUGAUUACCUGCGUGGUCUUGUUGACCAAGCCAACAUUCGAUUCGACGUCACAGUGGUUGUCAAAGAAACUAACCAAACAAUCAUCAAAGGAUACGAUUUUAAACUGAAGAAACCGAACAUUAAGAUCACGGUACCAUUAACGGUACCCAAUGGAUCAACAUUUUAUGCCAAGGCGGAGUUCACCAACCCGUUACCAUAUAAAUUACAGAAGUGUUUCUUUAGUACCGAGGGUUCAGCCCUUGCUGGCUACAAACGAGAAAUGUUCAGAACUAUAAAGGCUAAUGAGACCGUGGAAAUUGAAGUGAAGUUGGUGGCUAAGCAAAAAACGGGUGAGCGGGACAUCAUUAUGUCUUUCUCAUCCACUGAGUUAAUUGGAGUCACUGGAGAAGCAGACAUCAUCAUACAGUGA